AUGGUUAACCUCAAAGGUAUCGUGGAUGGUCUAUUUAGUUACGAGACAUUUAAAAUUGUUAAAGUUCAGGAUAAACGUCUUGGUGCCAUUUAUCGUAGCUUUCAAGUGGCUAUUUUCGCCUACAUUAUCUAUACAAUCAUAUCUCAGCAAGGAUAUUUCAAAAAGGAACCUCCAGUACCUGGUGCGGUAAGAAUUUCAUUAGAAGCACCGCGAACCUUUUCUGACUCUCCUUAUUGUAAUGGUCAAAAAUGCGUUUUUUGGGGGGCAAAUGAAAUUCAAUAUCCUAAUGAUGGAGCAGGAGUUGCAUUAUUUUCUACAAGAGUAAAAGUCAAAAAAUAUGAUCCCCCAGAAAAUUGCGAUUUUCUUAACCCUUCAGGAGCAAAUUGUAUUUUCGAUCCUAAAAAAUCAAAUUAUACUUCACCCAUACCUUUUGCCUAUAUUGCCAAUAUAGAAAAUUACACGAUGAUGAUCGAACAUUCAAUUCGAGGACAAGUCACUUCUAUUGGCUUACGCAAUGGUCUAAUGGACGGUGAGCUUGUAAAUACUAAAGGGGUUACUGUUAAAAAAUGGACAAAUAAGACAAGGGUAGCUGAUUAUCCUAACGCAGACGGAGAUAUUAUGACAAUUGGAGAGCUUUUGGCGGCAGCUGGUGCAGAUCUGGAAGCUCCUUCAACUGCACCUGGCGCUGAUCGUGCGGCUAAGGAGACAUACAGAUCAUCCGGGAUAGUUAUUGUCAUAGUGAUCCAAUACAAAAACGUACCAUUUAAGUCGCUCGCCACAAUUUUAGUCGAAAUCCUAAUGCUGAAAUUCCUUCCGGAAAAAGACAUAUAUGAAGAAUUCAAAUAUGAGAGCACACAUGAUUUCGACGAACGCCGAAAAUCAAAAGGACAAGGCGAGGAGGUGUAUGAUUUAAAGCCGUAA